AUGCUUUUGAACAUAGGAAGUGGCGGGGGAAUCGCCAGGAUCAAAGGUGUACAACAACCCCUGGUUGCUUUUGGUGCCUCUGAUUCCAAGAUGGAGGAGGACGACUACAAGAAAUACCCAGAUCUGCAGAUGUUGCCCUCAAUGGCGGGUGCUACUGUUCUAGCGUACAAUCUGCCCGGAGUAUCUCAACUGAACAUGACGCUUGACCACCUAGUGGACAUCUACAGCGGCAGCCUCACCUAUUGGAACGACAGUCGUCUGCAGGAGGUCAACACAGGGGUCAUCUUACCUCCUGAAAAGAUUGUUGUGAUCGCGCGCAGUGACAAAUCUGGCACCACUGAGAUGUUUACCCGUGCGUUGGAUGCUCACAGUGAGGAGUGGCAUAACAAGUUUGGUGUCUUCAACAAAGGUAUCGACAAAAACUACGAGCCCUUCCACUGGCACCCUUCUGUCAUCUCCAUGUACGGGAACACGAACAGAGGAGUGUCUGGUCUGGUGCUCAGUGUGCGAUAUUCUGUGGCCUACAUGUCCCUGUCAGACUCUGUGGCGGCUUCUCUUAAUUACGCCGUUCUCAGAAACAUUGCCGGUAACUUUGUGGAACCGUCGGUGGAGUCUGUUCAGAGCGCUAUGGAUGACUUCCAGUACGCAUUCGACAAACGGAUGACCCUAGACCUGGUGGAACCUUACGGCGACAUCUCGUACCCACUGGUGGGCUACACGUAUCUUAUUGUGCGGAUGUAUACGAUGACAAACUGCAAGACAGCGGAAGAGCUGGUCAGAUACAUAGAGUGGUUCUACAGCGAUGCGAUCGCCAUACGCGAGUGCGUCAAUAACCAUAUGGUUCCCCUGUCUCCCGCCGUGUCCUCGCGGGUCAUGGACCUGGUGGUCAAGAAGAUGACCUGUCGUGGCCGGAAUAUCUACAGCAUGGUGCUGGACACCAAGAAGGCCGAAGAAGCCUCACAGCAGACGUGGUAUAUCCCUGUGUCUGUGUCCGUGCCUCUCCUCGUCAUCAUCUUGUUGUUGCUGCUGCUGUAUAUGGCCAGACACAAGAUCAUCAUCUACAGAGGACUCCUCAGAAACGAGUGGCGGAUCAACAUGGGCGAUAUUGUCAUUAUCGAUACCUCGUGGAAACAGCACCAGAAAAGUACAGACAACGUCAACGGGACGAAAUCGCUGUCCGGACUGAGGGACGAUACCUUGGAAGUAAUCAGAGAGACAAAUCUGAAAGAUUCAGCAAGCGAACUCGACGAGGAUGGUGCAGAGAACGGUUUCAAGCCAAAACAGCUGACGUCAUCGCCCAUUCCUGGAAGCAAUGGUCUGGGUGCGGAGUCUCUGAUGACGCUAGAGACCGUGAAUGAGAGCGCUGUCUUUUCUCAAGCCGGUUAUAUGUUGGGCCAACUAAACAACAAGCUGGUAGCCAUAAAGGACCUUGGAGUUUACAACGUCAACAUGAACAUUUCUCGAAAGCUAAAGAUUCUGUGGAUGAAAGACAUCAUCAGCCAUGUUUGUGUGGCUCGCUUCUACGGUAUGGUCAGUCAGGGUGGAAUCUGCAGUGUCCGGGAGUUCUGUUCUAGAGGGUCCUUGGAGGUAUCAGAGUACAGUCAGUGUGACAAAAAAGACAACUCUUCAGACUAUUAG